GUGAACUAUUUAAGAUGACUUCAAAAUUGACCAUGAUGUUGUUCACGUUGAGUCUAAUGUUUAUCGCCGGGUUAGAUGGUUCGUUCAUCAAACCUAAUAACGUACCGAGGGUCGGCAGAAGCAACGAGGCCUUUGACGAGGACGUUAUGGGAUACGUGAUCAAAUCAAAUAAAAACAUUCCGCGUAUGGGUAGAAGAAAUUAUGAUUCGGGAAAUCAUUUCGACAUUCCAAAGGUCUACAGUUUGCCGUUCGAAUUUUAUGGAGACAACGAAAAAAGUUUGAAUAAUGAUGAUGCCGAGGAAUACUAUGCAAAAAAAAUGGGAAGCAUGAAGAAAUAAACGCGUCGGAUUUCGGAUAUUUUAUUCAUUCGUUGAAUUAACGAAUCCAUGAUAACUCCUGUUCUAGUCAAUCGCUUAAAAUAAAUUCUUGUAUGCAUGCA